GAUGGCGACUGCUGAACCGGAAGUGACCCCGAAUACACCGAAUUCAGAAGAAGAGCAGAGCGAUGCUAGUGGCCGAGAAAUUGUGAGUCCUGAAGAUUACAUCAAACAUCCGCUACAGAACAGAUGGGCUCUGUGGUUCUUUAAGAACGACAAAAGUAAAACCUGGCAAGCCAACCUGCGACUCAUCUCGAAGUUUGACACAGUCGAAGACUUUUGGGCACUUUACAAUCACAUCCAGCUGUCGAGUAACUUAAUGUCCGGAUGCGAUUAUUCACUCUUUAAGGACGGUAUCGAGCCCAUGUGGGAGGACGAGAGGAAUAAACGCGGCGGACGCUGGCUCAUCACUCUGUCCAAACAGCAGCGCAGAGCCGAUUUAGAUCGCUUCUGGCUCGAGACGCUCCUGUGUCUGGUGGGCGAAGCGUUUGACGAUCACAGCGACGACGUGUGCGGCGCGGUCGUCAACGUCCGAACGAAAGGAGACAAAAUCGCGAUCUGGACAACGGACUUCGAGAACAAAGACGCGAUCGUGCACAUAGGGCGUGUGUAUAAGGACAGGUUAGGCGUUCCGUCUAAAGUCAUCAUCGGUUACCAGUCCCACGCAGACACGGCCACGAAGAGCGGCUCCACCACCAAGAACAAGUUUGUUGUCUGAAGUCUGCAGCGGUCCUGUAUAAAUACGUGGAAAACCCCGACAAACUAACAAACUUCAUUUAACGACAGACCUGACGAAUCGGGACGUUCUUUUCGUCACAGAUCUUUUACAGGAUGUUGUUGAGAAAUUUCUGAUUUAUUCAUUUUUAUAUAUAUAUAUAUAUAUAUAUAUAUAUAUAUAUAUAUAUAUAUAUAUAUAUAUAUAUAUAUAUAUAUAUAUAUAUAAAUGGUGUCUUAUACAACUGUACAGUGUAUAAAUAUGAGACCAUGUGACUAUUUUUGUUUUCUUUAUAUUUUCCCACCUUUUAAAAAAAAAAAAAGAAAAGUCAUUAUUACGUAAUUAUUAAUUGAAAAUUGAGGCUUAAUCUCAUUGUUACGUUUUGUGUUCAUUUUAAAAAAAAAAAAAAAAAAAAACCUUUUUGUUAAUUUAAAAAAAAAAAAAACUUUACACUUACCAGUACUACACAUUUUUUUUUAUUUUCAAGCUAAUUUAUUUCUGUUAAUUUUUUUUUUCUUCUCAUUUCCGUUUUAGUUCGUUUUAGAUGAUUCUUCCGGGCGUUAUUAUAUCAUAUGUUGUUAUAACGCAUUGCGUUAUUGUUUUCUUUCUUUGCCGUGUUGUACAUCUGUGUGAUUUUUUUUACAUUUUUAAAAAUUUUUCCUGCCCUGCGUCUCGCUGUUUAAAUGAUAACGGAUUCUAAAAAGCGAGUUUGGAGGACUCCUGACUCGAAUUUAAAGAUUUGAGUGAUUUACAGAAACAAACAAACAAACAAACAAAAAAAAAAAGGGAUGAUGAUUGUAUGAGCAUUGUAUAAGAGACGAGUGUAAAUAAAUUUGUACAGCGCAUUGUCUUAA